GGUCGAUUAUUGAAUUAAUCGGAAGUCAACAGAAUAACAUAGCUCUAUUGUUUAUUGCAAAAACACUAAUAUUGCGAAAAAAAAUAUAUUAAUAAACUGUGCACUAUAAACAAAGAGAAAGCACCAUGGGUAUAAGCGCUAACAAUUUACGCAGCCAACUGAUGUCGUUGGUCAACUUUUCAGGAACCCACAAGGAACAGACAGACCGGUACCGUCAAUUAUUAGAAAUGGUUCUAACCAAUACCGGCAAUGAUCUUGUUGAUACCUUAAAACUUUUCGUAGAAGCCAUUGUUAACGAACACGUUAGCCUGGUUAUAUCACGACAGAUACUCAACGACGUUGGCAUACAGUUAAGUAAACUUCCUGACGAUGUUUCCAAAGUAGUUUCGCACUUCACUUUGGACAAAGUUCUACCUCGAGUAAUUUCUUUUGAAGAGCAAGUUGCUGGCAUUCGCCAGCAUUUGGCUGAUAUUUAUGAACGGAAUCAACAGUGGCGUGAUGCUGCCAACGUUCUCGUCGGUAUACCUUUAGAGACUGGGCAGAAACAGUAUACAGUGGAUUAUAAGUUGGAGACUUAUCUUAAAAUAGCACGUCUCUUUUUGGAAGAAAAUGAUUCGGCACAAGCUGAGUUUUUCAUAAACCGUGCCUCAUUGUAUCAAGCAGAUACUCACAGUGAGGAAUUGCAGGUCAUGUACAAGGUGUGCUAUGCUCGUGUUCUUGAUUAUCGUCGUAAGUUCAUCGAAGCUGCCCAACGCUACAACGAAUUGUCCUAUCGUACAAUUGUCGAUGAAGGAGAACGCAUGACGGCGUUGAAGAAAGCUCUCAUUUGUACCGUUUUGGCUUCGGCCGGUCAACAACGUUCUCGUAUGUUAGCCACGCUCUUCAAAGAUGAACGUUGCCAGCAACUGCCAGCCUAUUCCAUUUUGGAGAAAAUGUACUUGGAUCGCAUUAUACGUCGUUCCGAAUUGCAAGAAUUCGAGGCAUUAUUACAGCCACAUCAAAAGGCUGCCACUGUUGAUGGUUCGUCGAUUUUAGACCGUGCUGUCUUUGAACAUAAUCUCUUGUCAGCAAGUAAGCUAUACAAUAAUAUAACCUUUGUUGAAUUGGGAGCACUUCUAGAAAUUCCCGCAUCCAAAGCUGAAAAUAUUGCUUCACAAAUGAUAACCGAAGGUCGUAUGAAUGGACACAUUGAUCAAAUCAGUGGUAUUGUCCAUUUUGAAAAACGUGAAGUAUUGCCAUUAUGGGAUCGUCAAAUACAAUCGCUUUGCUAUCAAGUAAAUUCGAUUAUUGAGAAAAUAGCUGCGGCGGAACCAGAUUGGAUGGCUCAUACUUUGGAUGAAGUGAACUCAUAAACUAUUUUAUUUUAGCUUUAAAUAAAACUUAAUUGGUACAUUGCUGUUUGCUGGCAACAUCCCUACGAAAAUGGAAAUAAAUGCUCCUUAUUAUUUUCGAAAUUUCUUUUUUUAAAAUUGUAAUAUUUACUUUCUAAAAUAAAUUUCAAAUUAUUCUAAAA